CUACACAAAAGAACGCUCUUUGCAGUUGCACAGAAGAACGCUUAUGCAGUUGCACAGAAGAACGCUUAUGCAGUUGCACAGAAGAACGCUUAUGCAGUUGCACAGAAGAACGCUUAUGCAGUUGCGCAGAAGAACGCUUAUGCAGUUGCGCAGAAGAACGCUUAUGCAGUUGCGCAGAAGAACGCUAUGUGCAGUUGCGCAGUAGAACGCUGGGUACAGUUACGCAGAAGAAUGCUGGGUACAGUUACGCAGAAGAAUGCUGGGUACAGUUACGCAAAAGAAUGCUGGGUACAGUUACGCAGAAGAAUGCUGGGUACAGUUACGCAGAAGAAUGCUGGGUACAGUUACGCAGAAGAAUGCUGGGUACAGUUACGCAAAAGAAUGCUGGGUACAGUUACGCAGAAGAAUGCUGGGUACAGUUACGCAGAAGAAUGCUGGGUACAGUUACGCAGAAGAAUGCUGGGUACAGUUACGCAGAAGAAUGCUGGGUACAGUUACGCAAAAGAAUGUGGGUACAGUUACGCAGAAGAAGGCUAUGUACAGUUAUGUUACGUGCAGUCACACUGA